AAUAUUUUGUUUUAUCACAUAGGGGACGCAAAUUCGCAGCUAACCCUUCUUCAAGAAGAAGUUGGAAGGAAAAGUGAAGAUAACAUUCGACAACAAGAAGAAAUCACCCAGUUGCUCUCCCAAAUUGUUGAUCUGCAAAGAAAGUUGCGUGAUAUAUCUGCUGACAACGAAUGCUUAUCGAGUAAGCUGGAGAUUGCAGAGGAAUGUCAACAUGAAUUGUCAGAAGAGCUUAUAGACAUGAAAGAGAAGUAUGGUGAGCUUAUGGCAGCAUUUCAAGAAUUGCAAGCAGAGGCUAAGCAAGCUCAAAGAAAUCGGUUGCCAAGUGCGAACACUUGGCAGAACUAUGGAAUGUACAGUUCUUACAUCAAUCCAGAUUCACUUGCAAGUGAAUUAGAGCAGUCAUUAGGUAGAGACAGCGAUGGCUAUUCCUCAGAUGAAAGGCCGUGUCACAGUCGUAAAGUGUUCAAUACAGUUAGAUAUGCCAAUCACGGUUUUCCUCCAAGACAUCGUCAUAAUUCUUCAUCCCGUUCCCAUUAUACUAUGAGCGGUGGUCAUAAAUCUCAUAACAUGACCUCUACUUGCUUCUCAUCCCUUAGCCAAUUAUCAUCCUUGUCAUCAGGUUUUAAUGACCUCGCAUCAGACUCUGAAUCUGCCUAUGCGGAAAGCUACAGCACUGAUGAUGAAAACACAGACACAUAUGUUCAUGGAAAGAAUGAAAAAAUGCGACCAACCAAUUUAGAUGUAGGCACACAUACUGUGAACACUGGUUUCGGCAUCUGCUCAGACUUACAAACUGAACUGCAACAAGCUUCUGGUGAUAGUUGGAAUGCCAAUUUUAAGAAAACUUUAUAUGGGCGCACAAUAAAGCGUUACCAAUUUCCUGAAAAGCUACAGAUUAUAAAGCCUUUAGAAGGCUCUCAAACUUUACAUCAUUGGCAAAAACUUGCCACACCUAACUUGAGUGGCAUAUUCGAACAAAGACCAGGCGUUAAAAUUAAAGGUGAAUCAAAACUCCAAGAUUUAGAUGAAAAUGUUAGUCUUGGUGAUUAUGAAGAAGAUGAUGAUGGUUCACAUCCUGGUAAAAGGUUUGAGAGUACUACAUCUGUUUUUACAUUUACCACCUCUGCCUUGCCACGCAUGGAUUCUACGAGUGUAACACCUAGUUAUCCAUCUCUACAGCUGUCUACCAGAAUUACCUCCCAACCCCCAUCUACUUUAAAUAGUCCCCAGCAGAGAACAUCACAAUUCCCCUUAACUGGUCGGAGCCUCAAUAAACUUUUAGCUGAACGGGGGAUACACGCCAUGGUACCAUCUGCUCUCAGUUCCUCCAUAAAGUCUGUCUCUCCGCCACCUACCCCAGCUCCUUCUCCUGAGGGAUCUCCACCAUCAACGCCUCUCCCAUUUGGUGCAGUUAGGAUUCCAGAUCUAGUUGGAAGCGCCUCCAUCGCCAAAGGUUUUCACCUACUGAAGAAACCCAGGCGAUCUCGCUCACAACCUCCGCCAAAACGAAGUGCACAAGAAGCUGCAGUCGGCCUCAACUUGGACCUGAUGGGACACGUCCAGGGUAUAGGUCUCAAGACCCUUUUACCCCUGAAGGAUUGUGGUCUCGUAAAACGUACCUGCAGCAGUGAGACUUUAACCACUUCUUCCCAAACAGUCACUUCCAAAAUAACUCUUGAACAGGUAUCUUUAACAAGUACAACUUCCAAUACGAGUAUCAAAGCAGAGGGUAUUUUAAAGAAGGCUACUACUCCCGAAACAGCCCUCGACCGGCCUUGGGGAUACGUCCCGCCUUCGGUCAGCAUUGUAAAAAGUCCAGCAGCCAUGGGUCUCACACCUACAGUUGCUCCUCCCCUGUCCCGAAUGCCCAAUCCUGUCCUGCAGUUGAACAGCCUCCGAAGUAUUAGACCCAGCUUGUCUGAAAUCGGUACUGUGGGAUCGCUACGAACUCUUAGGAAAGGGGGUUAUAUUUAGAAUGUGCAUACGAACGAAACAAGGCAUUUAGGUUUAUGUAUAAAUCAGAGAUAUAUAACUUAUAUUGUGGAUUUGUAUAGUGCUGAAAUGACUGAUAUUUUUGGUUUAAAGAGAUCUAAGAAUAAUAUAGUUGUACUAUAGAAUUAUGUUUUAAAAUCCAUAAUGCUAUGUGUGUUGUAAAUAUAUGAAUUGUAUAUUGGUUACUUUAGGACUUAAAGAAAUUUGAAAUAAUUUUUGAUGGAGAUAAGAAUUUUUUAUUUUCUUAAUUUGCCAUUAUGCAAUAACCUCAAUGUUUCCAACAGUAAUAAAUUCCCCUUAAACGUAUUUAUUUAUUUAAACCUGUAAACUGUAAUCUGAUUUCUUGUCGCUUUUUUAGUGGUACUGUACUGAGAUUUAUUUUCAUUCCAUUUUAAUGAUGCAAUAAAAAGUUUUUUUUAUUUAGUUCUACACCAAAUCGUAGUUCCAUAUACUUGUCAUUAGCUAAUUGAUAGGAGUUUGCUCAUAAACUUUAAAGUUAUAAUAGAUAACGUAUCCAUAUUUUUCUUCCUUUUUUUCUCCUCUAUAUUCUUUUGUAAGACUGGUUAGAUGUUAUUAGCGGCAGCGAACACACUUUAGCAAUCUGCUACAUGCUGGUAAUAUUUAGAUCAAAGAGAUUUUUUCAAGUAAAUUAUUGCCUUGUCUUUCAACAAUUUUGUUUAGUUUCUCAUUUUUAUCUUUCCUAUUGUAGAUUAAAAUUGAUGAAAUAAUGGGGUAUAUACACAUAACUGUGUUUGAAAAUAUCUUGAUUAAUGAUUUAAUUUUUAAUAGAAUAACUUCUAUCAAUUUUUAAACUGAAUUGUUUUCUUGUUUUAUUAACAAUUUAUUUAGUAUAAAAUGUUACAUUUACAGUUAAGAUAUUAGUUUUAAUGAGGUAGUAGGGCUUUUUAUUAAAAUUAUAUGUAUUUUAAAUUUUAUGACCAAAGGGGAUAGGGAUCAAAAAAGUAUGCUCAUUUUAGUAUUAAAAAUCCUUUUAAUACUUAUUUUGAGUAUUUAUUGUGACACAUUUUUGUAUGUCUUGUAAAAUUUCUAUCAAAAUUGUGGCAUGUAUGCUUAGAGAUAUAUCAUAGUUAGAAACUGUAAAAACUCCAGUGCGAAAUUUACAACGAUAUUUCACGCAAAAGAAAAAGUUAUCUGAUUUUCGUGUCAACUUCAUGCUUAGUUGAUUUGGUGUGAUUUUUUUCUUCCAUUUCAUUUGUAUGAGGGGUUCCUAUGUUAAAGAAUGGAUUUGGUCUGCAUUCUUUUAAUAAUUUACUCUUUUAAAACUGUUACUUCUACUGUUACUCUUUUAAAACUGUUACUUAUCAAAAAUCUUAUCAUGAGUGUGCCUUGAAUGAUUCCAAGUAAUAUAAUUUCAUUUCUUCAGAAAUUUGUAAACAUUGCAAUUUAUUUUGCUUUAUAACAAUUUGCUUUCAUUUUCAUUGAAAUUUGAAUCAUAAUUGCAUUGAUAUCUUGUGGUCCAAUAUUUUUUUAUAAUUUUUUUCCAAUCGGUCUUUAACGCUAGAGAAAUACUUCCACUUCUAAAAUUUUCUUAAAAUUGCUGUAACAUUUAUUUAAAGUAUCAUUUUAUUAUGCUUUGAAAUGAUGAUUUGGUUUCUAAAUUUAAAAAAAAAAAGUUUUUUUUAAUGCAAAAUUAGUGAAUUUUUUUUCAUUUGUAUAUUUUAAAUUGACUGCAAUCUUAAUUUAUUGAAUGGUUGUUCUUUUAAUGUUUAACUUAUUUUGUUUUUGUAAAAACAUUUUGUUAUAUUAAGUGAAGUUUAAUGUUGAUGUUUAAUUAAAAAUCUAUUUAAUUUUUUUCUUUAAAUACGUUUAGAAAAACUGAAUACUGUACUUAAUUGCUUGUAAUGUAGAAUGCAUUCUGUCUUGUAGUAUAAUUUAUUAUUUACGUUAUAAGAACGAAAUAGGCUGACGAUAGAUAUUGUGUUUGUUUCAAGCUAGAGGUUAAAAUUUUAUUAGAAUUGAGUUCGAGAAUAUUAAUUCUAAGUUACCAUAUCUUUUGAAAUAAAUUAUUAACAGUAGUUCAAAAAUUACUCCAUAACAGUAAAAACUAAAAAAUAUAUAUGUGCUUUUCAUUAAGGUUAUUGAAAAUGUCACUGUUAUAAAUUUAGAAAAGUAUUUUUUUAAAAGAUAAAAAUAUGUUGAUUUUUUUUUGUUUGUUUUAAUAAAGUUCCUAUAUGUGCUUUUUAUUUAAUUCUAAUAUGUAGUUGGAAUAAUUUAAGUAUGUGUUACAUAUACUAUAUUGUAAUUUAAAUAAUAUAUAGCUACCAUUAAUCUUAUUAGCUCUUUAAUAAUGUAGAAUUUACUAUAAUUUAAUCAUUUCGUAUAUAAUCAAAUCUUCACCAAAAAUAAAAAUAAGUUAAAUUACUAAAGAUAUAUGUUGAGAAAUUAUUUUGUUUUAACUAAAAAAAGGAUUCCAAAAAUGUUUUUUUAAAGUUUAAUUAUAUUUACUUUUUUAAUAAAGUCUUAAAAUCUUUAUACAGUUAUAAAUUGAAUUAAAAGAAAUGAACUUAUUGAAAUUAAAAAGAAGAAAAAAAAACUGUGGGUAAAAUAUUUUCUAGAAUCAUUUUUAAAUUACAUUCCUUUAAUGACUUUAAUUUUAUAUUUAUAUCAUGUCACUUGUUACAGAAUUGGAAAAAAUUAAAAAAAAAAAAAGGUUUUUAAUAGUAUGUUAAGAGAUAGUUUUAUUCAUCAACAUUUCAAACAUAUUGAGGCAAAAAAAAGUUGUUUUUUUUAAAAAUUAAGAAAAUCAUAUAAAAAAUGUAUCAAAAUAUUUUGUUUCAAUGAACUCUGUUUCAAAAUUAUCUUUAAAUCUCCUUUCAAUUGAAAUUUUAUAUCUAUACAUUUUGAACUUUAAACUAUCAAGUAGGUAUUUUGUUACACAAUUAACUAAAUUAAGUUUUUAUUUAUUAAAUUUUCAAAAUCAUUGAGGCAAAAAAGUUUGUGUUAAACAAUGAAUAACAACUUAUAGUCAUUUUAAGUUGGUAUAGUUCCUUGUGAUGAAAGUUUUGAAUUUUAGUCAAAGGUUGUGUAUAUAUGUUGAGGUGCUGUGUAUUUAGUAUGAAUAAUUUAUAGAAUUUUGUAGAUAUAUUUUUUUUCUUUAUACACUGCAGCUGCUUUAAUUUUUAUGGACCAAAGAUUUCUUUGUCUUUGAUGAUAUUGCGGUGAAAAUAAAUCUACUGAAAAUA